AUGCUCGCACGAGGAAGAUCAAGGAAGCGGUCCGAGAGAAUCAAUAAAAACAAAUACAAUCGAGGAACUGGAACCAAAAAGAACCAUGAUAUCGCAGCACAGAUUAAAGUGCACUUGAAUCUUUUUUCGCCUUCCAAAGCUACCCGAUGGGACCCUUAUCGCCAUGAUUCGGACACGUCUUCGUCAAACUACACAUCAACGAUGGCGACCGCAUUGGAUAUCGACGAGGUUACGCGGGAGGAAAUUUUAGCAGACCAACGCGGAUAUCUGAUGUCCUCUGAUGCUGGUUCCGAAAGUUUCACAUCUGAUCUAGAAACUCAGAUUCCAGACUGGGAGAAUUAUGUCGAUCCUUAUUCGGACUUUGAAUGGUUGGAAAUGAUACAUGGGGAAGUUGUAUUUCAACGAAACCGUUGUUCGCGGGAAACACGAAUUGCAGACUGCAAGGCAUAUCUAGUUCGAAGAUGGCAGGUUGCAGAUACUUUCUGGGAUGACAUGGAAGAACCAAAGCAUGAACUGGCCGAACUGGCAUUUGAGGUCUUUGAUCGAUUUGGCUGUUUACAGCCCAAGUUCAAGGACCACCCGAUCAAGCGCGGCUCCGGGGUCUGGAAAGAUGAGCUAAAUAACGGGGAUAUACUUCUCAUUGGCGAUAUACGAGUAAAUCGAUGCAAUCGGCGUAAAGGAAUAGGUUCAAAGUUAACCCACGCAAUCCUAGAACUAACGGCGAAAAAAAGCCGGGGAUUCUUUGCAGUAACCUCGCCUGAUAUGACCAUUACUGAAGUCUCCCCCGAUCACUCAAGAGGUGAGCAGUCUGAGAAAUUACUUAUCAAUAAUGCUCUCAAAUUCUGGAGAACACUUGGCUUUAGAAGAAUCUGUUCUUCGCGCUGGCUUGGUUAUACUCCGGAUCGAAAUCAUCCGAGUCACAAGAUAGGCCCGGAGCAAGAUUUUGAUUUGCCUUCCUCUAAGCCAUCGUCUUUUACAUUGGAAAUGGAUAGUUUAGCCAUGGCACUUCCGACAAUUGAUGAUACAGAAUGUCUCACACGGCUAAAAAACAUAUUCGUUGACAUACAUCUUGAUGAUAUCAUAUGGGAAGCUAGGAAUGAUAACGGAGACACCUUUCUUCACCUUGUCUCAUGCUCAUCAAAGAUAGAGAGCACACGAUGGCUGAUGCACAGCAACCCGAAACUAUGUCAUGCAUUGAAUGCUGACGGAAGCACACCACUGGAUGCUCUAGAAGAGUCAGCGAACCAAAAGCGGAGAAUUCACCAGCGCCUUGAUGCACGUACCGAUAUAUCAGAUCUAUUUUCAGGAUAUGAUCAAGCUACGAUCUUUAGUUUAGCUUUGCUAAAGGGAAUUACACCGGAACGGCUGUCAGAAGCCGAGAUCUCACGUUUGAAGUUUGGAUGCACCUGUGAGAGUUGCCUGUGCGGAUUCCUCAGUCCUCGAAUGCGAAACAGGCUCAUAUUAACUGCGGAGAUAACCUUUGACUUUAUCUACACACAUGGAGCUUCAUUGGAUGGCCCGGCCUGGUGUGAAGAAAAUGAAAACCUGUUUAGAUACUUGCCAGAGCAUAUCAUUCAAAGUUUCGCAGUGAACAAAGAGAUGAUCAUAGGGUUUUGUAUGUUAUGGAACCAUCUAAUUUCAUGCCUCAGGAAGAACAUGCUUCCGACAGAGGCGAACAUUCUUCUCCUGGUUCGAAAUACAAAUGAAUGGCCUAAUCACAGUCGCAAUUUUCUCCAGAAUGGGGGAACGCUAUCAUCAGUAGCAACGACGCUCUUUUGGAAGACGAUGGAGCUGGAGGAAAUUUACGACGAAACGUAUGAAGGACUCGGUCAUGGCAGUCCACAUUAUCUUCCGAGCUGUCAGAAUGAUCGCGAGUUCGGUCUCGUCAGUGGCAUGUGUGGCUACGAACGGGUCGGUCGGGUUCAACUAGAGACCCUGAUGGGAAAACGCGUUCGAUAUUAG